AAAAAACCCCUCAAAUAUCAACAUUUGCUAAUCUGUUUGUGAUGGAUUUAUUUCCUAAAGAAGCAGCAACCUCAACACCAUAUUCCCUACUUCUGAUGUUGGUACAUAGAUAGGACUAUCUGUCUAAUCAUGUCAUUAGUGUUUAAUAUAAUAACAAUGACGCUUUAGUAUUUAAGAAAAACACAUUUGCAUUACUCUUCCUUCAAUUUAUUGUUUAAGAAAUCAUGAUCAACUUCAGGGGUCUUGCAGCAUUGAAACAUGAGAAUCAGCCACAGACAGAUGUGGCGUGUGCUUCAAGCUGCACAAAACCACUUCUGAAUGAAACACUCCACAAGUCCCUCAGCGAUCUUCCUUUCAUUAAAGCCACUGUCAAAGUGCUAGUUCGAAAUCAGGAUGACACACUCAAUCGUUUAUCGCUGUUAAUACACAAAAUUGCAUGAAAUAUACACGCAGCCUUUUUCAAUACCGGUGCACGCUCUGGAUUUGAUCCGACGAUGCUAAAAUAAAUGUUAAUUUGUCGCGUGUUUUAGUCUUCAAAUAAAGUUCAAUAUCUCUACUCGACGUGUACGUUGUUUUUACUAUAAUAAACUAUCUUACAACUCCAGUUUUAUUCCACAUAUGAAAGGAGAAAACACAAGCACGGCAUUAGUGGAGGAGCACAGACAGUGAACAGAGCAGGUUGAGUCUACAUAGUUCUCAUGCUGUGGUUAAAUGCGCAGCUCUGCCCAGCAGCGGCUCAGUAUUGAUCACAGUCAUUUUGUGUGUAUCUGGAUUUUCUCCGAGAAAUCAUGGCAGAAGAAACCGCUCCAGCAGCUGCCGCGACCAAAGCGGCCAAGAAGAAAUCAGCAGCUAAACGCAAGAGAACAGGCCCAAGCGUCGGCGAGCUCAUUGUUAAGGCUGUGUCCGCAUCUAAGGAGAGGAGCGGUGUGUCCCUCGCUGCCCUGAAGAAAGCGCUCGCUGCCGGUGGCUACGAUGUGGAGAAGAACAACUCCCGCGUCAAGAUCGCCGUUAAGAAUCUGGUGACUAAAGGUACUCUGGUCCAGACCAAAGGGAUCGGCGCUUCCGGCUCCUUCAAGCUCAACAAGAAACAGGCCGAGACCAAGACAAAACCCGCUAAGAAAGCUGCUCCUAAAGCCAAGAAGCCCGCAGCCAAGAAACCUGCUGCCGCUAAGAAGCCCAAAACUGCAGCAACAAAGAAACCCAAAACUCCAGCAGCAAAGAAGGCCGCCACUAAGAAAUCGCCGAAGAAGGUGAAGAAACCAGCCGCUAAAAAGGCAACAAAGAGCCCUAAGAAGGCAAAGAAACCAGCAACUCCUAAGAAAGCAGCCAAGAGCCCAAAAAAGACCAAGGCAGCCAAACCCAAAACGGCGAAACCUAAAGCAGCCAAGCCUAAAAAGACGGCAGCAAAAAAGAAAUAAACUUAAUAUUUUUCUCUUGUUUUAUCAAAAAGGCUCUUUUAAGAGCCACCCACUAAUUCAUAGUAAAGAGCAUUAUUUCAGCUGUCAUUUAGUACUUUAGUACAUUUAAACAAUACAUAUCAUUUUGUUAUCUUAAACCCCCAAAGUGUCAGAUGGUGCAAAUGCCCGAACAAAUGAACAGACUAAUAUUUAAAAUUUUAUAAAUAUCAGUAGUUGAGAUAACUAAAAAACUUUUGUCUAGUAAUUUUUACAUUCUCAAAUGCCGGUGGCACAACUGCAAACAUGACUCUUUUAUGAAUUGACAAGAUAAUAGAAACAUGACAAUGCUUCAUCCAGAGGACCCCAACUGAUCCUUAAGGCAGGUUUGUAAAGGCUUGUAGAUCUCUCAAAUACUGGUAAAAACUGCUAAUUUCAAGUAUGGGUAGGUUGGUACACUUUCCAUGUCAGGUGGUACAACUACAGUAUAUACUGUAUACAUACAACUAUUUGGUUGUGCUGCCUGUCAUAAAAACAGUCAAAAACUAAAUUUAAACACUUUGAAAUGUUAUUUAACAACUGAAACUUGUUUAAACACAUUGUUCAUGACUCAAAAAUAUGCAUUACAUCAGUUUUGAAAAGAUAUUUAAAAUACACAUUUUUGAAGCUUUAUUUGUCAAUGACCCAAAUACAUUUAGACAUUAAAUUUGAUGAUAAUGUGAACAUUUUGAUGAAAUCUGAAGUAACUGUACAUAGAUGUUAGACAUGUUUAUAGCAGUAAACUGUAUGACUAACCCAGCUUUAAGACAGGCUUGUUUAGUUUUUAAUCAAUUAAUUGUUAUAAUGCUUUAAAAGUAAAACUUGGGCCAGGCAAGUUCAUUUGUAUAGCAGUUUAUACAUAAUGGUAGUGCUUUACAUAAAAAAAAAAAAAAAAAAUAAUAAUGUAACGUUACAUACGAAAUAAAUUAUUUUAAAAACAAUGAAAAUUAAGAAAUAAAAACUGAAGAAAUUAAUGAAUUAAAUCGAAAUAAAUACAUUAAUACGCAAUAUGAUAUCAAUGAGGAAAAAAUUAUUUGUGUUGUUUUUC